AUGGAAGUGUGCAUGCCAUGUGAGUCAUCAGCGGCACUGCGAGUCAUCCAGCAGGAGUUGCGCACUCGUCCACACAAAUCGUCAACUUCAGUCGCGCAAACCGACGAACCACCAACACAACUACUCACUCAGGCCGAUUACGAAGAUGUAACAAAUCCAUCUCAAAGAAGACCACCGUCUCGAAAACUAGGUGCUGUCGCACGGGCGGUCCUCACCGAUACAAUGGAGCCUUCGCCAGCAAAACAACAGCUAGACCAUAAUCCGCAUUCCACGAUGACCGGUCACGAAGGCAACAACCUCAACCAACAAAUUCAUCACCAGGCUGGUUCAAGCACUAAUGUCAGCAAUCCGCCGCCUUCACCGCCACUACAGCCUACUUUCUACUACUACCACUACGACUACUUGUCCAGUGCAUCAACCACGAUAUCAACAAUUUGA